CCCAAUGUAGUUUCAUCCUGCUGCCGCUAGAGGUCUCACAGCAUUGGAUGUGUUCAGAAUCCAAUGACAUUUAUUUGGAAUCUUUGUCGUGGGCUGGUAAUUUUUCAAGUUCUAUAAUGUAUGUUGUGACGUCAUGAUUAUUAUAAACUACUGAAAUGCGAGCCUGUUCAAUGAUGCCUUCGAGGAAACACGUAAAUCGGAAUUGGUUUGCAGCAUCACUGUAAUAUUACUGUUAACGAAUUAAGUUACCACGCAUUACUAAACAUAAACCAGGGGUUAUGACUAAAGUUACUCGUCACGUUUUAUAUAAAAAAAAGAAAAAAAAGAAAGAGAAAAUGUUUGCUAGAAGUGACCCAAUUGUUGUUGAUUGGCGUGUUCCCGAUAGCCGUGAACGCAGCACCGCUGAUCUCGUCUCCAUCCUCAUCGUCCGCUCAGCACCGAUCAGCGUCUCCUCUCCGCCACCAUGGACCAGAACCCAGACCGGGACCGGCAGGCAGUCGAAGAAGAUGCGCCUGCACCGAAGCGCCCCGAAGCUCGGCGCGACGAGGCUGCGGACGCCGACGCGACGGAGGCCGACGUCAGCGAGGUGGUUCUGGACCAGCAGGACGUCGACGACAACUCGCAGAAGCAGCCCAUGACCGGAGGCGGAGGCGCAGACGCAGCAGAAGGAGAGCAGCCGGAGAAGAACGGCUGCGUCAAGCUGAAGAUGGACGACGACGACGAGUUCACCGGGCUGAAUAAGGAGGAACUGCUGCGAGUGGCCGGCACGCCCGGGUGGGUGCGCACUCGCUGGGCCCUGCUCGUUCUGUUCUGGCUGGGCUGGCUGGGCAUGCUGGCGGGCGCAGCGCUCCUCAUCCUGCAGGCGCCGCGCUGCCGAGACCUGCCCGCCGCCCACUGGUGGAACCGGGGCGCGCUCUACCGCGUGCCCAGCGUGCGGGCCUUCACCGACGCCGGAGACAUCAAAGGCGUGAGUGAGAAGGUGGAUGCCUUGUCCCAGCUGAAGUUUAGCGGUUUGGUGCUGGGGCCGGUCCACGUGGCCCCGCCCGACGACGCCGCCGCGCUCCGCUUGCGGGAGAUCGCGGUUGAGGCCGGAAGUCUGGAGCAGUUCAAGGACCUUCUGCGCGUCGCACACAGGAAGGGCAUGUCUGUGGUUCUGGAUCUGACUCCGAACUACCGCGGCUCCAGCGGGUCCUGGUUCUCCGACGUCAGCGUGACCGUGGUGGCCGAGGAGCUGAAGUCUGCGUUGGUGUUCUGGUUCAGCGAAGGCGUGGACGGCGUUCAGCUGGCGGACGUGGACCACGUGGCCGCCGCCGUACCGUCUCUGUGGGCCGACAUCCGGGCCGUCGUCCAAAACGGGACCGACGGGCGGCCCGCCAGGAGACUUUUGAUGGGCGUGACCGAGCGCCACGCCGCCACGGACGUGUCGGCCAUUCUGUCGUCCACCGGCGUGGACCUCCUGACGUCCGGGCUCCUCCUGGACGGGGACGCGUCCGAGCUGGCGCGGUCCGUCCGGGACCUGUACGCCGCCCACGCUCAGACCCGGCUGGCCUGGAACCUGGGGGGGCGCGGCCGAGGUCACCUGGCCUCCCUGGUGGGCCCGGCGCUGGUCCCGCUUUACCAGCUGCUGCUCUUCACGCUGCCCGGGACGCCCGUGCUCGAGUACGGCGACGAGAUCGGGCUGACGGAUGAUGGCACAAAGUUUCCGCGAAUGAUUUGGGACUCGCCGGAGGACGAGCUUAACGGAACCCUGAAGCUGUGGAGUGUGGACGAUGAUGAGGAUCAGUAUGAGGAUGAGGUUGAUGAUGAAGAUGCCCGUGUGCGGCAGGAGGCCCGCGCCCGCCGAACGUCCUCUCGUGCGUUCUUGCGCAGCGUGAGCGACGCGCGUGCGAAAGAGCGCUCCCUGCUGUUCGGCGACUUCGUGCCGCUGGCCAACUCGUCGUCCUCGCUGGCCUUCGUCCGCUCGUGGGACCAGAACGCUCGCUUCCUGGCCGCCUUCAACUUUGACCCCCGCGAGGCCAGACUGGAGCCGAGCCACCCGACGCUUCCGCCGCUGGCCGAGGUGGUCCUCGCCGCCGCCCCCGGCGCCGCCCCGAAGGCGGGCGCCCGCGUGGACCCCGCCGGGCUGCGUCUGGGCGGCGGGGAAGCGGUGCUGCUCAAGUUUCCCUUCGCCGGCUAGAACCUCAAACGCCUCUCGACGUGUUGG